UGUUAACUACAAGGGACAAAGGCUGUGAAUUAAAACCAUUAAAAUGUUAUUUUGUUUUCUCCAUCCCUGAACAGUUUUAGUUGUAUUGAGGUCUAUGUCUAAAAUGUUCUGCCAAAUCUUUAAAAUGUGUGUGUGUCUGAGGGUGGAGGAUGAAAAUAUGUGUGUGUGUGUGUGUGUGUGUGUGUGUGUGUGUGUGUGUGUGUGUGGACAUGAUGUCACAGGGGGCUGUGCACAACUGUCUAUAAAAGUGGCAGUCACUAAGGGAAUCAAGAGGAGCAGAGCUUUACAGUUUUAUGUUUUUUUUUUCACCAACUCAUAAAUAGACUUCAAGAGUAAGUGUUGAGUGUGGAUUGCAGGACUACAUAUUAGACCAUCCAAUCCCUUUUGAACUGACUGAUGCAGAGAAGCUCAAAAAUAAAAAGCACUCUUUGAAUUUCUGAAACAUUACAUUGCUGCCUUUAAAAGUCACUUUAUAACUUAAUUGAAGGGAACACACUGAAUCCCCUUCAGUCUUGGAUAAAACUAUGUCAACUUUGAGGACCAUACUGAGGCAAGGACAUUUCUUCACUCUGGUGCUGCUGUCAUGGGUCGCUGUGGAGGUGCAGGGUGGUUGUCCACUGAAGUGCUCUUGUCCCUCCUCGUCCCCCUCGUGUCCUCCUGGUGUCAGUUCGGUUCUGGACUCAUGUGGGUGCUGUCGGGUCUGUGCCAGACAGUUUAACCAAGACUGUAGCCCUGCUGAGCCUUGCGACCAUAUCAAAGGACUGCGGUGCCACCUAGGGGCCGAACGAAACCCUGAGAGGGGCUUGUGUAGAGCGGAGACUCACGGUCGUCCGUGCGAGCUGGAUGGACGGGUGUAUCAGCACGGUGAGGACUUUCAACCAACCUGCGAGCACCAGUGCACUUGUGUUGAUGGAGUCGUGGGUUGCAUUCCGCUUUGUCCACACCGCGUCUCUCUACCGGAUGGACGCUGUUCCCGCCAUCGGCUCACCAAGCUGCCUGGGCACUGCUGUCAGGAGUGGGUGUGUGAUGAUGACAAUCGCAUCGCUGAGGAGGAUCCGGUGCUUAACAUGCAUCCACUACUAGAACACACUGACCUCACUGGCAACGAGUUGCUUGUAGCUCUGCCUACUUCUUGGGACAGCAGUGCAGGAGACCCUUAUCAAGUUGCUGUAUCUUCAGAGUGGAUUUCAUCCUCAAAGUCCCAAGCCAUCCUUCCAUCCACCUGCUUCCUGCAGGUCACUGAUUGGUCCCCAUGCUCAACCACCUGUGGAAUGGGUGUAUCCAGCCGUGUAACUAAUAGUAAUGCUGAGUGCCGGCUCGUCAUGGAAACUAGGCUCUGUCAGAUCCGAGAGUGUGGCGGCAACCUUGCACCAUCACUGAAGAAAGGGAAGAAGUGUCAAAGGACCACACGGCCACAGAAACCUGUGAAAAUCACAUUUGUAGGUUGCUUCACUGCUCGCCGUUACCGGCCUCGUUCAUGUGGCUCCUGCUCAGACGGUCGUCUCUGCAUUCCCUCUGUGACACGUACAGUUCGUCUACACUUUCACUGUCCUGGGCCAGAACAAGAGGACUUUACCCGCAAUGUCAUGUGGAUACAGCGUUGCAACUGCAGUCAAAGAAACAACAGAGAAGGCCUGUCAUCACAAGCAGAGUUGUUCAAUCUGCCAAAUGAUAUCCACACAUACACACACUGAUAUUAGUUUAAGAACUUACACAUAUGGUAUUCUGACUUUUCUAUGGAUCUGCUGUACACAGUCUUUCUGUGGAAACUUUUUAGUUCUGCACCCAUCAAAACAGGGCUUUAUAUAUAAGUUUAUAUCAUUGGCAUUGCGGUUUUAUCUUACAGAGGAUGUAUGGUCAAAGGACAUAAGACUUUAUUUGGUUUGAUAGAAGACAGUUUUUUUUUUUUUUCACCCAAUUUGGAAUGCCCAAUUCCCAGUGUGCUUUUAAGUCCUCGUUGUCGCAUAGUGAUUCGCCUCAAUCCGGGUGGCGGAGGAUGAAUCCCAGUUGCCUCCGCGUCUGAGACCAUCAACCCGCGCAUCUUAUCACGUGGCUUGUUGAACGCGUUGCCAUGGAGACAUAGCACGUGCGGAGGCUUCCCUCUAUCCACCGCGGCAUCCGCGCUCAACUCACCACGCGCCCUACCGAGAACGAACCACAUUAUAGCGACCACGAGGAGGUUACCCCAUGUGACUCUACCCUCCCUAGCAACCGGGCCAAUUUGGUUGCUUAGGAGACCUGGCUGGAGUCACUCAGCACUAGCGAACUAGCGAACGCCAGGGGUGGUAGCCAGCCUCUUUUACCACUGAGCUACCCAGGCCCCCUGACAAUUUUUGUUUUUAACAUUUCACACCAUAAUUCAGUAUUGGAUACACUGACAUCUCAAUUGUAUUCAUAAAGCCAGAUUUAUUGUACAUACUGUAAUUAUGUAAUGUAUCAAUCCACGUGUACAUAUCUGAUUUGAGUGAGUUUUCCUUGUCUAAUAUUUAUCCAAACUUCAUUUAUUAUGAAGUGUCAUAUCCUCAAGUUUUUUUUGAGGUGAAUAACAAAUAUUUUUUCAUAUUUAAAAUGAGUUUCUUUUUGUAAAUAAAAUGUACCUGUUAGAGUUUUGGCUUUGUGGUCUUUGUGGGACUUUUGU